AUGAGUCCGUAUUUAGUAAUUUUAAAUGUUGAAGGCUAUCAUGAAAUUCCAAAAGUAAGCUCUCUAACUGUAUCUUGGUUAUCCAGCAUCUACAAUAUCGGAAUACUUGCUGGUGCAUUAAUAUCAACGUACGUAAAUGAUAUCUUAGGUAGAAAAUUAUCAAUGAUAUUAUUUACCGUUCCUGGCCUGUUUUCACAAAUAUUUCAAUAUUUCGCUGUGAAUAUUUCUAUGGUUUUUAUAUCGCUUUUUCUACGCGGCAUAGUAACUUCGUGGGCUUUUUCAAUUGUACCAACUUACAUUAGUGAAAUAGCAUUACCUCAUUUACGUGGACCGUUCACUGUGGUGGGUGUACUUAUUUUGUCUGUAGGAAUGCUUUCUGGUAGUUUGAUACAAGCAAGUUUCUCUAUUGAAUUAUCAGCGUUAAUUGGUGGAAUAUUGGUGUUAGUGACUUUAAUGUUCGUUUGUGUCGUAUACGAAACACCAUACUUUUUAAUCGCAAAAAAUCAAGACGAAAAAUGUAAAGAAUCAUUAAGAAAAUUUUGUUCUGAACAAAACGUCGAUAAAGAGUAUGAAGAAAUUAAGUCGUCUUGGAAUGAGAGUCUUUCUGUAAAACAAACAGGUUGGAUCAAAAUUUUUACGGAUCCAUCAAAUCUGAAAGUGUUUUUAAUAUGCGUUGGUGUUCAAUCUUGUCAACAAUUUACUGCUCUGACAACUAUGAUUACGAAUAUUCAUGUAGUCGUGGAACAUUAUGGAUUAGAUAUAUCAUUAACGCAAAUUUCAAUAAUGGCUAAGGGUGUGGAAACUUUCACAGCUUUUAUAAGUAUUUUUAUAGUGGAUUCAUGGGGUCGUAGACCAUUAUUUAUAUUUGUAUCGCUUGGGGCUUGCAUAGCACAUUUUGUCACUGGGCUUGGACUCUUUAUAGCGAAUAUCAAUGGAGAAAUAUCAACUACCCUUGGAAUAACAGCAUUUAUUGGAAAUCUUAUUUACCUCACAAUAUCUGGACUGGGAUUGAAAUACUUACCAAAUGUGUUAGGUGCAGAACUAUUUCCAACUGACAUUAAAUCAAAAGGCUGUUCAUUGCUAAUGGUAAUUUCGGCAAUAGAAGGUGCAAUAGUUGCUUUAUUAUUUGAUUUUUUGUUCAACAUUGCCUACUAUUUACCAUUUUUAAUAUUUUCUGUAUGCGGAUUCCUAGGUUUCGUAUUUGGUAUAAUAUGGGUUCCCGAAACAAGAAGCAAAUCUUUGUCUGAAAUACAAAGACAGUUAAAGUGCAAUUCGUGUAAAAAAUAA